AUGUUAUCAAAAUCAAAUAAUAAAAUUAUACAAACCUCUAUACCACAUAUCUCUUUGUCUCAGGAUAUUGAGUUACAAAAGAUUACAAUGAUUAAUCUUACUACUUUAGAACAUUCUUUGCCUUUAAAUUACCAUUAUAUUGUUGAUUCGUUUGAACCAUUUCAAGCAUUAAAUUUUUUGGGUGCAUUUUCUAAUCCAUUUGAAGCAAAACUUCAUGUAAAUAUCUGUACAGUUGAUAACACUACAAAAUGGCUUGAUGAAUUUUUCAAUCUGCACAAGACUACUAUGUGGGAAACACAGGGACGAAUCAUUAAAGGAGUUAAAUACCUUCUUUCUAAACGAUUCCAUUGCCAUGUAACAAGCUUUCGUCCUAUUUCUAAUGAGACAAAAGAAUUAAAGUAUGAUAAUGAUGAAGCUAUUCUUGCUGAUAGAGCAAUUUGUCCACAUAAACACAAUGUUUAUUAUCUUCAUCAGAAAUACCUUGACACUUUUAUUGGCACAUGA